AUGCGUGUCAACUUCCCUAUGGAUGUGACCACUUUGCUCCUUAGUCCUGAUUGGAAGGGCGGCCCCUUGGUGGUUCUCCACAAUAAGUUGGGCCGGCCGCCAUCGGCCAUGCUGGGCAAGAACCACAUUUGGUUGCUUCCUUUCGUGAAGGAGUUUCCGUCCAAGAUUCCGAGCGGAUAUUUCAUCACAGAUGUCUACUUGUUUUUGGAUGCCUUGUUCAACAAGAACGUGUUCCACCCUGACCCGAAGAAUCCCAUGGAAACACGUGCGGAACUCGCUGCAGAAGAAGCGGUGAAAACCAAACGAUGCCUCCAAGCCUUGCGUUACCUUUGGCGCAACGCCAAAGAAGCUUCCCAUUGCCCACGGGUCCAAAUGCUAAAGGAUUACUUGGCCCCUUCCCCGCUCCAGGAGCGCAACCGAGACCACAGGCCUCUUCAAGACUCCGACACCGAAGGAGAAGGGCCUGCCGAUGUGAACAUUGAGGUGGUUGAGGACUCCCCCAAUUCACCGGAACCCAGUGAAAAUGGUGACAAUGAAUGUGGUGAUUCUGAGCAUGAUUCUGGUGAUGAGGGUCAUGGUGAAGAGUCCCAUGGAGAAGAAGAGGGUGAUUCAUACAAGGGUCGGGUCAUGCAAGUUGCAGAAAGGGUGGAUUCCUCUGUUCCCCACAAGGAAGUUGCUGAUACCCUUAGUGACAGUGAUGAGAGUUCGUUGAAAGCUCCUACCCUUCGCUUGGAUGACUGCCAUGCCAGCCCAUCCAGCCCGGUAGCAAGUGAACAUAGCCAACAGAGCCAAGAGAGUGACCCAGACAUGCGUGACAGCCAAGUUGGUUCAGGGUGGCUGGGGAAAUUCUAUGCAAAAUAUGGCCGUUUUGGCAAGGAUGAAAACACGGACCCCAACCUGCCACGUUGCGUGGUAGAAGGUGACACACAAGGGAUGUUGGACCACAUUCGUGCUACUCUUGUUGGUGGCAACGCAGAGCUUGAGGAGCACCCUUUGAUGGACUCCUACAUCGACCAUUGCUGGAAUGCCUUGAUGACCUAUGGGAAAUAUGUUUUCAGUACCUUGAAAUCGGAGCGUCAUUUCUAUGACUUUGUUGGUGAUGAGAAAGCCCAGGAAGCCAAGCCUGCAGUGCUCAGAUCUUCUCAGGAGGCUAACAAGGCGUCCACGCUGAACACCGGCUUCCGUGACGCUUUGAACCUGAUGAAGCUGGGCAAGGCUGCAGACGAAGCGGAUGAGGAGUGCUCUAUCACACCGGCUCCAAAGAAACCACGGUUGUCCGAUGAAAUAGCCCAGGGGUUGGAAAUCACACCUCCUCCCGUGGUGGGGAUGCAAUCGGCGAAGGCCAUGGCCAAAUUGAAGAAGCAGGACAUGGGAAAGAAGAGCCAGGCGGAACCCAAGCGAGCCCGAAAGGUUUUCAAGGGGAGCUCCGAGUCCAACCGUGCAGAAGAUGGUGAAAGGGCCAGGGUGAAAUCCUUCAAGGGGUAUGAUCUUUCUGACCUUCCUGAAGCAGCACUUCCUUUUCGUAAUGGGGUGUACAAGGGUAACCAUAGCUACACAGUGACAAUGGGUGAAGCGGCGUUUGAGAUCUUGUGCAAGCACGGCGCCUACGUCAUCAAGAGGUGUGCAGAUCCCAGUCAGAAGCCAGCGAGCGCCCAAGUGACGUGGAGCCGAUUUGGCGGUGCUUGCAAUGCUUGGGUUGAGGCUUGCCAACGCGCAGGUGUGAUGUCUAGCGAAAGUUCUUAG